UAUGGACAUCGUCCGGAGAUGAUAAAUUUAUGAAUUCAUCUUAGAGAUCCAGGUUAAAAAAAAUAGUAUUAUCUUCAUCACUUUUCAGCAGAUUCUCCACAAGGGAGUGUUCGCGUGCAACGAAGGGCCCAAGCCAGGGCAGUGGCCUCGCAAGGCACCCCCGAUUGGGCUAGCCAAAGACCCAAGCCUGGGGAAGCUCAAGGCCGGCCCCGGGGAUAGAAUGAUUUUAACCUAGGUUAUCGGAGGAUUUAACCACAUUCCCCCGAGUUUACAUCAGGAACAUUUAACGUUUAUAAUAUCCAACUCCCUAACCCCAUUUCCAUACCACUCCCUACUACUUACCUCGUUUCAUACUUGACAAUAUAAUAUCCACCUACCAUGGCAAACCCAGCACACCUAAAAGCGGCAGCAUACGGCUCUCUAAUCCUCGCUUUCGGGCACGCACUCUCCAGCCGUAAAUUCAUGAGAUUGCGGCGGUUCCAAGAACUACCCAGUAUAGCAUUUGUCUGCAGUACCGUGGGAUGGUUUCAAGGGAGUGGUUACCUGGUGUUAACUGGUAUUCUCUUCACUUUUAUAUAUACAAUGUAUUGCCACUGUGCUCUAACUGCUUAUUUGAAUUUUUUAGCCUUGCUUAAUCUCCAAUGGUCAUUGAAUCCGCAAGCGCUGGAUGAGCCGCUGAAUCGGGCUAUCGCUGCUUUACUUACUUUGAUUGCUUGGGGUAGUUCGGUCUCGUAUCUACGGGGAGGGGUGAAGUCAAGUGGUUUCAUCACAGCGGCUGCAGGGGCGUUUCAGGCUUGGGCGGCUUUUCGUGGAUAGAGGAUUGAGAUUGGAUGGUACUAGUAUAUAUUAG